AUGGACGGUCUAAGUGCUGCUGCAAGUGUGAUAGCUGUACUUGAUGCCGCGAAGACAGUCAUCUCAAUCUGCAGCGACUAUGCCUCAGCCCUACGCAAUGAGCUGUGGAGCCUACCUAAGCUACUGCUAGAACUCCGAUCGUUGCGAAGUGUGCUAGAACACCUUUUCAUCGUCGUGGAAAGCGAUGAAAACAGUAGAUACCGUCAGCUCUCUAGCACUUUAACAAGAGGUGCAUUGGAACUAUGCAAAGCGGAACUGCAACAACUUGCACACAAAUUAGAGCCGCCCAGCUGGGCUGGAAAAGAAAGAUCGAAGAGGAGAGCCUUGAUUAUUGCUACUGGAUGGCCGCUGAAGGAAAAAGAUACGAGGAAAUGUCUAGAUAAUCUUGGACGUCUCAGGAAGAAACCCGAAAACAGAGCAAAAGGAUCCAGAGGUGGUUAUCGCAAUCAGUGCCUGACCCAUCCACAAACUUCAACGACGCGUGCGCAAAGCGCCGUAGCAAAACCGGCAAUUGGUUCCUCGAAAGUUCAGAUUUUAAGUUCAACAACCGUGCAGAAUGUUCUCGAGCAGCAUCAAGCAUCCUCUGGUACACGAUGCGUGGCUUAUUUCUAUUUCGAUUUUGCAGACAAGGACAAACAAAAACACCAAAAGAUGCUCCAGUCACUGGCUAUCCAACUACUCCUCCAAGCUCCACGAACGCCAGACGUAUUGAAGUCUGUUUUUGACAAAUGCUUGCGUGGGUUACGUCAACCCUCCACUCAAGAAAUCCUACACAUCAUCAGGAGCCUGAUCGAGCUUUCGGAUGAUACAUUCAUAUUAUUAGAUGCGCUCGAUGAAUGUGAAGAAUGGAUUGAGCUCCUUGAGGACCUUGAAGUCAUGGAAAGUUGGCAUCUUGAUAAUCUUCACAUACUGGUGACAAGUCGGAAGGAGUACCAGAUCGAGCAGACCAUGUUACGACUGGCUGGAGAGGCUAUAAUAUCCCUUGAAGAUUCUGUGAUUGAUGGAGACAUCCAAAUCUACGUAUAUGAACGAUUACUGUCAGAUCAGCGACUAAGGCGAUGGAGAAAUCGACCAGACAUACAAGCGGAAAUAUCAUCUACACUGAUCACAAACUGUGGGGAAAUGUUUCGCCGGGUGGUCUGUCAAAUGGAUGCAUUGAAAGACUGCCUAUCUCCAAGUGCUCUGCGAAACACUCUCAGCUCACUGCCUAAAACCCUCGAUGCAACCUAUGAUCGAAUUCUGUCACGUAUUGACCCGGAACAACAUCACCAAACACAACAUAUUCUACAUUGUUUAGCAUACUCAACUCGCCCAUUACACCUUGAGGAAGUUGCUGAUAUUUCAACGAUUGAUUCAAACUGCUUCUUGCGCGUUGAUCCAGACAAGAAACCACUAGAUGUUCUAGAGAUUCCAGUAAUAGCACUUGAUUUGGCUCGCGUCAAGACGGUGCAGGCAUCGAACUCGAAAAACAAGCCCCAUAUUGGCAAGCUAGAGGUUAGCCUGGCUCACUUUUCUGUGAAAGAGUACCUAAGUUCGUCGCGCAUUCAACUGGGUAGAUGGAACAGUCUUCAUAUUACAGAACCUCAAGCACAUGCUACACUGAUGGAAGUGUCAUUAGCAAUGCUUCUACACUGCUCUAGGAACUUCAAGGACACCAUAAUUGAGGAGUUUCCGUUCGUCAAGUACGCUGCAGAUCACUGGAUCUACUAUGCUCGACACCCAAGCAGGAACGCGUCCAGGGCUGACCGACUUUGCCCCGAGGCGGUGUUUGGCAGUGAGGUUGAUCUCAUAAACUGGAUGCGUAUUCUCUCAAGAAACAACCAGCUACCCUGCGAUCGAAAACAAAUAUCUUAUUUGGGCAAUUUGGCAGUGGCUCUACAAGCGGAAAGAGAACUAGCCUUACCUAUGACUAUAAAAAGUAUCACAAAUACUGUCUUGCAGGAAUACGCAAUAGAGAGGUCAAGCGGUUAUCAUGGAAAACAAUAUCCAAAGUCAAUCAGGCCUGAAGUGAAGGGCCUGUUGCGUCAGUCUUCUCAACCACCGACAAGCAAACCGCCAAACCCCAUUACUUCGCCACAAGAAAUAUUUGCAGUUCUUACAAGUGACGAUCCUAUACGUCCAUCGUUUCGAUCUGCUCAAUUUCCCUUCGUGGACCAACAAGCAAUACAAAUAGCACCUGCUGUUGCAAAGCUGGAGGUUCUCCCCUCUAGCUCUUUCGAGUUGAGAAAACUCCUUAACAUACUAAUGAGCGAUAGCGUAGGUAAAGUUACAGAUGAGGAAAUUUUGAAAACUGUUGACCUACUUCUCUCUAAAUACAAGGUCUUUUGUUUUAUUAUAAAAGAGGAACAAUAUAAGUAUGGAUCUGUUGGAAGCGAAACUUCAUUUAUCACGAAAAGCCAAGAGCUCCAAAGCUUGAUCCAAUCAACAAGAGUCGAAAUCAUAUCGAAACUUGCUCAAGAUUCGAACUCCCUUUAUUUUCAAUUCGUCGAAUCACAACUUGGUUCUCAAGAAGUGUUUCUAGAAGAAAUACUCAAAGACAAAGUAUCUAGUCAUAUCAACGACCUAACUCUCCAAGAAAAGAUUCGAUCGAUUAUCAAGAAAGAAAAAAGGUUAAUCGGCAUCGAUAUGUUCAGUCAAUUUACCAAAGACCAAAGAGCCUCCGGGUUCCCGGGACGCCGAUAUCCCGAACUACCCCAAACUACCUGUCAUACAAUCAAGCAGUAUUAUGUCAUUAAAUUUCAAUGGAAACGACGCCGUGCAAAUUUUAUUGGAGAGGAAGGUUGCGGAUAA